UUCAAGCAAAUGUUUCAGCCACAAGCCUAAGAGAGAGUCCAGACUUUUUAGAUUAUAAUCAUAAACCUCUCUCUCUCUCUCUCUCAGUCUUCCUCGUUAAAAUCUUCAAACCCAACAUAGAAAUGGCUAAGGUUGUUCCAACAAGGUCGGAGGUUCUGUUUCUAUUUCGGUCUCUCCUACGUACGGCCAGGCAGUUCAGCGACUACAACAUCAGGGAAUACACCAAGCGCCGAACCAUUGAUGGGUUCCGCCAGAAUCGGACUCUAUCCGACCCGGAUUCGAUUGCCUUGGCUUUCUCACACGGAGAGGCCCAGCUCGAAGUUGCGAAGAGACAGGCUGUGGUGUACUCUCUCUAUGCUCCAAAGGUCAAGAGCAUCAUGGACCUCAAACCCUGUAACUCAAUAUAGAUUAUGUUUCUUAUUUAUUUAUUUAUUUUUUUUUGUUGAAGUUUUUGUUGCGGCAAAAAGUGUUUUGUUUCUCUAAUUAUUCUUGUUGUUAUAGAGCAAGGAUUUUGAAUUUUUGGAUAUUGGGUUUUUAUUGAGUAAUUGUUAUUUGCUAUGA